AUGGAAGUAAUUUUUGCGGUAUUUUCAUAAACGUGUCUCUGAAGUGCAAUAGGAUCAUGUUUGCCAAUAUUAAGUAUGGAAGUGGGGAAUCAUUUCUGCUGAACAUAAACUGUGGAACACAGACUCUGUUGGACUACAUAAAGGAAAAAUGUGUCCUCACCAAAGAUGUCACAGUAGAUCUGUGUGAUGUUAAUGGCUGUGCCAGGCUGCUGUUCACUCAGGGAAAGACUACAAAUGCUUCAAAUUACCUACAAGGCAGGGAGACCUAUAUUCCAAUUGAAGUUCAUAGAGAUGAAGCAAACGUGGUGACUGGCUUCACACCCAUUCUAGAAGAAUGUAGUGAGAUAUUGGAGUACAUCUCAGAUAAGCUUGAAUUACAAGCUGAAUCUCUACAGCAGGCUGCCAAGUUAUUGGUUUCCAUUCCAACUGCAGAAGUGCCUCCAGAGAAAAGUGGACAUAAACUCUCGACAGGUCGAAAAUCCACAAUAAACCCAAAACCAAGCAAAAAUGUCUUAAAACCUAAAUUAGGUUCAUCUCCAAGGAAGAAGUAG